CACACUUUUAAAACAUUGGUGAUAUUGUUGAGUCGCCGAAGACAAUAACAACAUGCAAUUGCCUUAUUUUAACAGGAUAGAUCUGUAGCUAUCUAAGUUUCUGAAAUGUGGAGAUUGAACGUUGUCCGCCACAAGGCUGGUCGUCAGGGUAUUAGUUUGGAGGAGUUGAAGUUCAAGAAACGAGCACAUGAAAAAGAGUUGAGACAGGCCAGAAGGGACAGCCAGCUGGUCAGCAAGAGACUUCUGGUGAAUGAAGAUGAGGAUGAAGAGGGUGGCACCAUGGACACAAUGGCCAGUGAUCAAGUGCUGGAGUACCUCCAGAUGAUUACUAUUGACAGGGAUGUGGUGAAUAAAGAGGCCCACCUGAGAGCACUCAGAAAGGCCCUGCGCAGCCCCUCUGCCCACCUCACCUUCAUCAAGCAGCAGGGCAGUAUCUCGGUCCUGGUGACCAAUCUCAGUGGCCCCCACCCUCAGUGUCGUCUGGAGGCUGCACGCUGUUUCCAUGAGCUGUCUCAUUCCCCCCACCGCGAGGUGGACCCCUGGAGGCUGCGCCAGGCCACGCCCUACCUCAUCACCUACCUAUCCGGACAGAGUCCCAAGUUCACAGAGCUGUGUCUGUACACCCUGGCUAACAUGUGCCCGGACAGUGAGAAUGUCAGAGAGUUGCUUCUAGUCCAAGGCGUCGUACCUGCCCUGACCAGCUGCAUCCAGAUACACAGGUAUAACCUAGCUGUGGUUGAAGCAGUAGCAUUCACCUUCUCCCAGCUGGUUUCGGCCAACUCGGCAUCAGGGGAAAUGAUCCCGGCGGUCUUGGCGUCUGGUUUGAUCCCUCACCUCCUCUCAGCGUUGACCCCUGACCCUCAGUUUGGCCUAGGACCAGCCAUUGAGUGUGCCUGGUGUUUGCACUACCUGUGCUGCAGCAAUGUGGACAACGGGACUCUGGUGGCUCAAGGUGCUCUUCUACAGUGCACUUCCUUGCUGGUGACACUUGGUGGUGCUGUUGCUAAAGGAAGUGUAAUGGAGGGACUGGAGCUGUUGAUAUGGCCCCUGCUGCGCUGCGUAGGGAACCUGUUGUUGUCUGGGCCCCUCGGGGCCCUGCAGCCCCAUUUAAAGGAUAGCCGUCUCCUGGCUGCCCUAAUUGCGUUUGCUCAGGUCUUCCUUCGGACCCACCCAGCCUUGGCCAGAGAGAGCAUCUGGGUCCUUAACAACCUCACAGCUGACUCCAGUGUAUUCAGUUCAGCCAUGCUCUAUCUGAAUCUGGUUCCGGGCCUCAUCCAGCUGCUGCCCUUCUCUGAGGGCAUCAACACCAUGGUAUUAAGGGUUCUGGGUAACAUUGCUCAUCACGGAAGAGAGUACUGUGUCCAUUUGGCUCAGGCUGGCCUACUCUCUGCUCUCUGCGCCACGCUGAAGAUGGCCGACUCUGAGGUGGUGACCUUCAGUCUGGAGGUGCUGGGCCAGCUAGUGGCAAGUGACACACAGCUGGCGGAUGAGUUCAUUAAGCAAAGUGGGCUCCCCCUGCUGGAGGCCAUCCAGUUUAACAGCCAGGAGACCAUACGCAUCAGAGCAACACACCUGCUGGAACAUCACCUUACCCCACUCUGCCUGGUGGAUACAUCUGAAUCUCCAUGAAGAGUCUACAAAAUGGGAGUGUCACUAUGACUUGUUUUAACGGGGUUAUAAGACAUUUGUGUACAUUUAAAAUAUUUUUAUAAAAAGAUGUGAAGAUAUUCAAAUGUUUUUCUAUAACAUUAUGUGCUGUAUAUAUUUAUAUUAAAUAAAGAAAAUAUUUGUAUACUGCUUUAAUAAAAUGCUAAAGA